AUGAUGGUGCUGGAAUAUACUGGUAAUGGGGGAAGGCAGAUCUGGCCCCUGCGAGGUCUGGUGUGUCCUCUGGAGGUGUCAGUCAGUUCAGGGAGUAUCCAGGUUGCCCGAGGCCAGACAGCAGUAUUGCCCUGCACCUUCACCACUAACGCUGCUCUCACUAACCUUAAUGUCAUCUGGAUGGUCAUUCCUCUUUCUAACGCCAACCAGCCUCAACAGGUUAUUCUCUACCAAGGGGGUCAGAUCUUUGGUGGCGCACCCCAGUUCUAUGGGCGAGUGGGGUUUGCUGUGACAAUGCCAACCACCAGUGCCUCCAUCUUCAUCAACAACACUCAGCUAUCGGAUACUGGCACAUACCAGUGUUUGGUCAACAAUCUUCCCGACCGAGGCGUCAGGAAUAUUGGAGUCAUUGGACUUACUGUCUUGGUUCCUCCUUCUGCCCCACUUUGCAGAAUCCAGGGGUCCCUGGACGUGGGCAGCGAUAUCACACUGACCUGCAGCUCGGAAGAAGGCAUCCCCCGGCCAACAUACCUCUGGGAGAAACUGGACAAUGUUCCCAAGUUGCCCCCAACUGCCACACAAGACCAAGUCCAGGGCACUGUCACUCUCCGAAAUAUCAGCACUGUGUCCUCAGGUCUUUACCAAUGUGUGGCUUCAAAUGCCAUUGGAACCAGCACUUGCCUUCUGGACCUGCAAGUCAUUGCACCCCACCCCCGGAGCAUUGGCCUGAUUGCAGGAGCAGUGGCCACAGGCGCCGUUGUGCUCGUUGUUUGCAUUGUGUUGGUGGCCGUGGCACUGUUUUACUGGAAAAAUAAACACAAAGAAGAAGAAGAGGAGGAGAUUCCCAAUGAGAUAAGGGAGGACGACCUGCCACCCAAAUGCUCUUCCGCUGCAAAGACAUUCCAUGCCGACGCAUCCUCGUCGGAGAAUGACACCCUCACCUCCUCCAACACCUACAACAGCCGGUCACCUCUGCACGCCCCCGGUUCCCCUGGCCUGACUGCUGUGACACUCGGCCACCAGCGCCGGGGCUGGAGCCCCGCCGCAGCCCCGCAGCACGGAGCGCCAGCCCGCUUUGAGCCGCCGGAGCCGGGGCGGCAUGCGGGCAGCUUGCUAGGAGGGACCGUCGGGGGGCAGCAGCAUCAAGCGCUUCGGAAGCUGCGCUCCAAGAAACCUUCCAGCAUGCUCCUGACAGUCUUUUGCACCUAA